AUGGCGGAUGGACCAGCUGGUCGAAUUGGUCGUCUUGUGAGCAAAGGAUUACGCAGAGAAGACGACGACGAUGUGAGAAUCCUGCGCCAAUCGGGCCGCCGCCAAGGCAUUAAAAAGUGUUCAGCAUCUCUACGAUUUUCCAAAGCAUCAGAACACUACCAUUUAUUUAUUUUAGGUCUUCCCGGUUGCAAAGGAGGAUACAUCCAGACAAGAAUAUGUAACCGCACAAAAGAAUCUACACCGGCCACGAAAGCCAUCGGUCAGACUAUUCCAGAAUUCGUAUGGGGCUCUUGGAGAUCCGUCAUUGCUUCGGCAAAGAGUGUUCUGGAUGCGGUAUCGAAUACGGUCGUUGUGAACGACGUUGCAUCAGCGAACGAUGGUGGACCAACUGGAGUGAAUGGAUUAAUGGCUUCUUUCACCAGAAAGACCAAAGUGAUUCUUAUUAAAAUUCCACGUAACUCUCUACAACGAGCGAUCUAUAGAGUUCUUUAG